CACUCUAACUUACCAAUGUCAAAUUCCAAAACUACCCCUGUUACCAUCAUCCCCUUUUCUCUCUCACUCACCCUAACCUAAAAUCCAAAUCACAAUAUUCCGCCAUGGAUAACCACCAUUCCCCUCACUCCACCACCAAUGCCACUAUCUCCGACCACCGCAAUCCUCCCGCCGCCCUCAGAUCCACCACCGGCGCUAAAUACAAGCUCAUGUCACCAGCUGAACUCCCUAUCUCACGCUCCACCACCAUCACCAUUCCCCCCGGCCUCAGUCCUUCCUCCUUCCUCGAUUCUCCUGUUCUAUUGACCAACAUUAAGCCUGAGCCGUCUCCAACCACGGGUUCUUUCUUUAAGUCUUCAAUGAUGCAAGGGUCAAGUGUCACUCCUGCUUUCUCUUUAGAGGCAAAUUGUUCUUCCGGAAAGAACUUGGAUGAUAGUAACUCUGGUUUGUUCGAGUUUAGACCCCACACCCAGACUACAACAGGUCAACAAUUUUCGUCUGCAGGAUUUCAGAUUUCUGCAGGUUCCAGCUUUCAACUAGGUGAACCGAGCGGGCAAUAUCAUAUUCAAAAUCAAAACAAAAAUCAAAGCGAGCCACGAUCAUACGCGUCUCCAUCUACAACCAACUGGGAAAUGGAAAUGACGUCACCAAAAGAAAAAAGUACAACUUACAAGCCUCACGAGGAAACAAAUGGAUUGGGGAAGCCGAAAGAUCCGGGGACCGCUAUCCAAGUUGACCGGUCAUCAGAUGAUGGAUAUAACUGGCGAAAAUAUGGGCAGAAAGUUGUGAAAGGAAGUGAACAUCCAAGAAGCUAUUACAAGUGUACACAUCCCAAUUGUGAAGUGAAGAAGAUUUUCGAACGUUCUUAUACUACUGGUCAAAUAAUGGAAAUUGUGUAUAAAGGGACUCAUGAUCAUCCGAAGCCUCAACCUAGCCGUCGAUUUAGUGCUGGUGCUCUUAUGUCUAUACAGGAGGAAAAUUCUGAUAAACUUCAAUAUGCAGGCCACUCUGCAAAAAAUGGCCAGAAUCCUAACCCCGAGGGGAGUGGAACCCCUCUGCAAUCUCCAAGACAAGCGAGUCACGACAGUAUAGACGAGGCUGACGAUGACGACGACCAAUAUUCGAAAAAGAGGCGAACAGAUUUCGGUACCCUUGAUAUAACUCCAGUGGUUAAGCCUAUUCGUGAGCCACGUGUAGUGGUCCAAACUACCAGUGAGGUUGAUAUACUGGAUGAUGGAUAUCGUUGGCGUAAGUAUGGCCAGAAAGUUGUGCGGGGCAAUCCUAAUCCUAGGAGUUAUUACAAAUGCACAAGUGUUGGAUGCACCGUAAGAAAACACGUAGAGAGGGCAUCCCAUGAUCCUAAAGCAGUCAUAACCGCGUACGAAGGAAAGCACAAUCACGACGUACCCGUUUUGAAAAACAAUAACCAUGAUCUUACAGGGUCCGGGAAUCAACGGCCUAGAUCAGAGGAAAACAAUGCUAUCUGUCUUGAUCUUGUAGUUGGUAGUAGACUCAUGGAACAACCACAAGUACAUGUUUCAAAUUCAAAUUUCAGAAAAGUUGUUCACUGGAAUGUUGUAUACGGGCCGGGAGAGAACAAUGCUGAAGGAUGUAACAAUGACGUUAUUACCCUUAACCGUUCUAAUCCGUACCCGCAAUAUCUUGGAAGAAUAGUCUCGGGGCCGUAGAAUAUUAACGAAGAAACGGGUCAGAAUCGGGGUAUAAGUAUAGAAUGUAAGUAUUUGGAAAACAAGUUGUGAUGAAAGAAGUGAGAUGUUUUAACUUAGAAUGUAACAGGGUAUACUUGUUUGAAUGUGGGUGUUUUAGGGUUUGUAGGCCAGGGACUAUAACAAAGGGGAGUGAUUGAAUUGAAUAAGGUGUGUAUGGGUGUAUAUGAAUGUCGGGAGUGUUGCGCUUGUUUCGAAAAAUGUAACUGAUUUUCUAUAUUGUAUGAACAGAAUGAUACAUUUUGCGGUUUUAUUA